UGAGUAAAGUAGCCUACAGACAUGGUGUGGUGGUUCAGCCUGCUGAUGUGGAGAAAGGAAAACGAAACCAAACAGUGAGCUGUCGACGUUUUGGCAACAAAAUUCUUCAACAGUCUCAGUAAGGGAUUUUAGCAGAUUCAGUCAACACAUGAGUUGCGAGCGAGCGAUAUAACGAUCAGAUGUCCAAUUUUGAUCUAUUUUUAUUUAAAAACCACACAGGUAAUAAGGUGAGGCCACAAUAAGGAACUGAAACAACGAACCGAGAGGAGAAACAUGUCCGCUGCAAGAAAGGAACUCCAGGAGGCCUUGUGCUGCUACACCGCAGAUACCCUCAUCUACAUCGACACAGUCAGAGAAUUCUGUGACAGGAACCAAAAAUGGAUGCUUGGGAGGGAGACAGAGUUGGAAAUGAUGAGGGACAUCAAAGACAGGGCUGACAACAUCGACCUAAGCAUCGGCCAUGUUAGACAGUCAAAGAACAAAGGUAAGGCCUUUUGGGAAUAUAUGAAGAGCAAAGCGACCCAGGUGACUGCAGACAGCAGGCGUGCAGAGCUGGAGACGGAGCUGGCUGCUGUGCUGAAGGACACUCUGAGAGGCCUGGAGAAGCUCAACUGCUUCCUGGAUGCUGUGGAGAAUCUUGCGGUCACCUCACUUCAUGUGUUCAUGGAGCAGAAUCAGGUGUUACAUCUGCCAGAAGGGAUCAGUCCUGAACAUGUUCAUGUUGUCAUCUCUGCUGCACGGAUAAUCUGCCCUCAUCUCCUCGAGUUUAAAAGAGAUGCAAGCGUCUUCUUUCUUCCCAAACUUCAGAAUGUGGAAGUGCUGGCAUAUCAGCUGGACAAAUACAUAAAGACCACCCAGAAAAUCUGUGAGAAGUUAGAGAAAAGCUCCUUAAGUGACUUUUGCCUGGAGAUGAAUGAUGAAUCUCUGGUGGACCUCGAUGCGGAUUUGUCUGAAGAUGACAUACAAAGGAUGCUUCAUCACAUUAAUCAGCUCGAUGAAAUCAGGAUGAACCAGAGCUUCCGUACGGUGUUCUUGUAUCAGGACAAACCAUGUACUAGCUUCAUCGAUAAGUUCAGCGAGCGACAGCCCCGGAUGCUGCAGUUCCUAAAAGACCUGGAGGAGAAUGCUGUUCAGCUAGACAGGAUGAACACGGGGGCAAGGAUCUCCAGUGUGGCCGGCAGCUCAGUGGGGGCAGUUGGAGGUGUGCUUUCCAUCAUUGGUUUGGCAUUAAUUCCUGUAACAGCUGGAGCAUCUUUAGUGCUGACAAUGACUGGGUUAGGGCUGGGAAUUACCAGCGGAGUCAACAGUGCUGUCACCACUGCCACAGAGAUUGGAGUAAACCAUACACAACAGAAGAAAGCCAGUGAAGUCUUCCAGAGCUUCAUGGAGGAUGUGCAGGAUCUGCAAGAUUGUCUGAAGUUCGAGAUCAAAGAGGAGACAAGCCAGAUAGAUGUGGUUGUGGGAGUUGGCAAGGUGCUUGGUAAAGCUGGUGCUAUUGGAAAAGGCAUUGAUUCAGUUGUUGAUGGUGCCUCUGAUGUUAAGAUGUUAGGAAGUGAAGAGCUGAUUGCAAGUGCUGGCAAAGUGGCAGUGCAGAAUGGAAAAGCAUUACGUAAUGUGCCCAUGGUGGCAGCAGAUAUCCCAGAUAUCGGACAGGCAGCAGUCAAAGGGCCUCUUGCUCUCUCUAAGUCAGCCAGGGCCGGGCUCAUCGGGCUCAAUGCUCUUUUCCUCGGCAUGGAUAUCUUCUUCAUCUGUAAGGACAGCAUCAAUCUGGCCAAAGGCAGCAAAUCUGAAGUCUCUCAGUUCAUCAGAGCCAGAACUGCACUUUGGCACUCAGAGUUGGACUCAUGGCAGAAGAUCCAUGACUUCCUGUGUGAAGGUCAGCUGACAUCAGAGGAAAACAAAGCUAUCCUGGAGACCCCAUUUUAUCCAGAGAAGGAGAUGAAGAAAGAAAGAACAGAAACAAUUAGCCUACUUCAUUCAUAGUGCAUUCAAUGUGCCUUUAUGCUAACUAAUUCAUGUCAAUAAAACUGUAAAAAAUGUAUUAAGAUUCAAUAACUGUAAAUCAUUGAUCAGCAUCAAACAUAAUUUAAGUCUAUACGUAAUGCAUUAUAUGUAUCAUUCAGUAAUACAUUGUAUUAAGAAUAAUUGUAAGUGAAUGAUAAAAUUACUACUUAACACUAGAAAUGCCAUUUCCAAUUAUUCAAUCAGUGUGAUUGACUAUAAUCAGUGUCUUAUAAAUAAGAGCAGAGCACAACACUGAUUAUUUUGUAUUAAAAAAAUGGUUUUAAGGUCCUUUUUCUAUA